AUGGACGGAACGGACUUCGCAAACAACCUGUUCAGUGAUUUAGGUCCCCUUCUGACUCUUUUCGGGGAGCGGGUCGCAAUCCAGUAUCUGAGUCACAGCACCACAUGGAUAGAGGGCCUGAUAUUCGCCUGCGCGCCGAUUGGUAUUUUGACGGCCGUGGUCUCUGCUAUUAGGGUUGGUGGGAGUCGAUGGCUGAAGGCAAUUGUUGGACGAGCAAGAGAACCCGAUGCAGAUGUGGAGCUCGAGUUAAUGAGCUCUACUUCUUCGGAUGUUUGCGAGCUAUGGAAUGGCGCUGGGAUCGUCCGCGUCGUUGGAAGCCCGUCGAUUAUCGAGUUGAUAUAUCGCAGCCCCGACGAGGCGAACCUUUGCAACGACGGCACAGACGGGGACAAGUUAGAAGAGAGCCUCGCAUCGAGCAAUGCCGAUAUCGAAGUAUCCAGGAGAUUCUCUGCCUCGCCGCCGAAUAUUGUUCUGAACGUAUCCGGCGGUAUCGUCCGUGGUUGGGAACUGAUGAUUGCCGCGGCGAUUGGGAUGGUCCUCCAGGCAGGAGUUCUGGUCUAUGACGGGCUCAUUACCUACCGUUUAAAUGUUACACGAGGUGUGAAGGUGAAUGGGGACGCGCUCCCGUUGACUGUCGUGGGGACUAUGGGGCUGAUGCUAGGGACCUUCCUCUGUGCGCUCGUGGUCGAAAAUAGUACGGAGGAAGAGGUGUGGGAGGCCACUUGUCCGAAGAAACAGGCACUCCGCAUAGUAUGGUUGCAACGGGGUAAAUUGGUUGGAGACCAGGACUUUGGGUCCUUCGUUAUCCACGACACGCACCAUCAACAACGGAUAAGGACAUCGCGGAAAAUCGCGAAUACCAAGAGGUUGGAGAUCUGGACGCUACUUGGAUCAAGCUUAACCAUAAUCAGCUUUGUACUUCAAUUUGUCGGGUGAGUCUCCACCUACCUAGCUAGUCGUGAUCGCCUUUGUUAAUUU